AUAUGGUUGAGCUUUGUCAUCGUCACGCUAUUACAUUAUUAUUACUAAACAUAAACACAAUCACACACAGACUACCGCAUUCUUAUUUCUUAAACGGUGCCAGCAGUAUCGCUUUCGUGGAAAAUGUGUCUGCGCUUCUCUGCUUUUACUAUUCACACCUCUUCCUAAUUCCACGUACCCCUCGCAUCGCCACCCAAAAACUCUUCUUCUUCUUCGUCUCUCUCUUCCAAGUACGAGAUGCUUUUUUCUCGAAUUUCGAGAAACCUCAGAGGUGCCUUCAAUGGAUACCGCCGGUUUCUCUCUAUUGGAGAAAACAACCGCCGCUUUCUUUUCUCCCACUCACCUGCAGAUUCUACUGAGCAGGUUAUGAGAAGUCUAGUUUUUUCAAAGGGCAUGCCAGCGUUGUAUAGUAGUAGAUAUCAUAUUCAUCACCACACCAGCAGCUCCCUAGUUGAGGAUGAACUUGAUCCGUUUUCUCUGGUGGCUGAUGAACUAUCAUUUAUUGGUAACAAGCUGCGAGAAAUGGUAGUUGCAAAGGUUCCUAAGCUUGCCUCUGCUGCUGAGUAUUUCUUCAAAAUGGGGGUGGAAGGAAAAAGAUUUCGUCCCACAGUUUUAUUGUUAAUGUCAACAGCAUUAAAUCUUCCAAUUCCCAAAGCACCUCCUCCAAUGGAACUUGGAGGUACUACAACAACUGACCUACGUUCAAGACAACAACGCAUAGCUGAAAUAACAGAGAUGAUCCAUGUGGCAAGCCUUCUUCAUGAUGACGUAUUGGACGAUGCAGAUACCAGACGUGGUAUUGGUUCAUUAAAUUUUGUAAUGGGAAAUAAGUUGGCAGUAUUGGCCGGAGAUUUUUUGCUUUCCCGGGCUUGUGUUGCUCUGGCCUCUUUAAAGAACACCGAGGUUGUAUCUUUGUUAGCAGAAGUUGUAGAACAUCUUGUAACGGGGGAGAUCAUGCAAAUGACCACAACAUCUGAUCAACGGUGUAGCAUGGAGUAUUAUAUGGAAAAGACAUACUACAAGACUGCAUCAUUAAUAUCAAACAGUUGCAAGGCAAUAGCCAUCCUUGCAGGGCAAACAGCUGAAGUUGCAGUGCUUGCUUUUGAGUAUGGAAAAAAUCUGGGUUUGGCGUUUCAAUUGAUAGACGAUGUGCUUGAUUUUACAGGCACAUCAGCUUCCCUUGGAAAGGGUUCUUUAUCAGACAUUCAACAUGGAAUCGUUACAGCUCCAAUAUUGUUUGCAAUGGAGGAGUUCCCCCAGUUGCGUGCAAUUGUGGAAGAGGGCUUUGAAAACCCCGAGAACGUUAACAUUGCUUUGGAUUAUCUUGGGAAAAGCCGAGGUAUACAAAAGACGAAGGAGCUAGCCAUGAAGCAUGCUAGCCUUGCAGCAGAAGCCAUUGAUUCCUUACCUGAAAAUGACAAUGAAGAAGUAAGAAAAUCAAGGAAAGCCCUUGUAGAACUUACUCAGAUAGUCAUUACAAGAACAAAAUGACAGGAAGGCUUUGUCCCCCAUUUUUGUUUUGUUUUGUUUUAGUAGCUAAAAGAAGUCUCUCAGUAAAAGUCAACUGCGGACAAUUUGUUCUGGCGCCAUUUCUCAAUUCUUCUACCACCGUUCCCCAGUGAGGAAAAUAAGUUAUUUCUAGGAUAAUGUCACCAUUCCUUUUUCUUUCAUAUAUUAAAUCUUUUUCCUUUUUUUUUUUUCUUUUCUUUUUCUCUUAUACAUCUUUCCCUCUGUUAGUGUGUCGUUUGUACAACUGAAAUGAUACUAGAGAAAAACUGUUUUCAUGUGUACAUCCGAAGUGAAAAAGUAGUGGAAGACAGUUGAAAACAAUCUUUUUUGUUAAAUUGUUCGGUCUGAUUUCAUUUCUUA